CAGGGUGGAGGUGGACGAUAUCCCUAUCCCAAGUAUGUUUGGUCACCAGCUGGUGGCUGGUGGGUUCAACCAUCCAACUGGAAAGCGAACACAGUUGUCGUCGCCACCGGUAUCUUUGCUAUCGCUUACCUUGUUGGUUCAUUGAGUGCUGCGAGAGAGCAACGCCCUGUAGCACCGAAGAAGUGGAUUCCGUCGAUGAUGUGGGCGAAACAGUUCCAAGAGGUGGAGAAGGUGUGUUCCCAAUGCUUUUUACCCUCCAAAGCUUAUCCUCGUUCAGGAAUCAUAGUAGAAGACUCGGUCUUCUACAAUGGCAGUAUUAUCUCUUUUGACUAG